AUGUGGAAGGCAGCACUCUUAACCCUGUGUCUCUUGGUGGCAUUGGUAGACAGGGUGCAGCCAAAUGAAGGCCAUUCCUCUUUCUACGGAAUGAAGCUGUGUGGAAGAGAAUUUAUACGUGCUGUCAUUUUUACCUGUGGGGGUUCUCGCUGGAGGAGAAGCAUUGGAGACUCAGCUCUUAUUGGAGACGAGGCUUUUGACCAAUGGAAUGUAAAUCGUUUCCCUCACAUGGCCAGUGAGCAGGAUCCUGCGCAAUCCAACAUAUGGAAGGAUCAGUCAUUUGAUGAUGCAUCUGUGGCUGCUGGAUUCAGCCGCUCGGCUCGCUCACCAAUCUCGGAGGAGGUCCUGGAGGCUCUUCGAAGUGCAGAUAGGAAAGGACGGGAUGUAGUGGUGGGACUGUCCAAUGCCUGCUGCAAGUGGGGCUGCAGCAAGAGUGAAAUAAGCUCCUUGUGCUAA